AUGCAGUGCAAGAAGAUGUUUAAAAUGGAUUUCAGUUUUUCAUUUACCCUGCCAUGCAUGUUGAUGAUCCUGACCAUUAUUAGUGGCAAGACUUCUGCUGCCAAUAAUUUAACUUCUCAGAAUAAUAUCUCAGAAAUACAAGUAUCACAGUACGAUCAACCAGGGAAAGGAGACACAAACUGUGUACACCCCUGUGACAAAGUGAUAUGUUUGAAGGAUGACGAAAGAAAGUGCCUUGGAAAUGAGACUUCCUUUCUUUGUGUAUGUGCUGUUCACAUUCAUUGUCUGGCUAAUGGAAAAAUCAGCCUGUCCUGUGAAAUAGGUGGCCAGUUCAAUGAUAAUGUUCACUGGACUCUGAAUGGAAAUCCUGUAAGUGAUGCCUGCAUCACGGAUAAUGGCACUAAAAUUAUUUUGGAAAAAGGUAAACGUGGCAAGUUCGUUUGCCAAAGAGGAAAUCACUGUAAGAGUUCUCCUGUUGAAAUGACAUGUGAGAAUGGGGAUCUGCUGCAGCAUCCAUUCUUCCUGUAUGUCCUAACAGCCUGUGGAGGUGGAGCAGUUUUACUAGCCGUCACAGCCUCAUUGAUCACAUGCUGCUGUAUGAAAACCAAGCACAACUUUGUUCGAGUGCCUGUGGAAGACGAAAAGGAUGAGGGCAUAACCAUGUCUGCCAUUUCUAGUGAAAGACCAAAUCCUCCUCCUAAUGGAGACCAUUGUGAAGUUACAGAUGUCCUUGUUGAUAGUACCCCCAACACUAGUGCACAAAUCUGUGAAACUUUCAAACCAGACCUCAAGGAGAAUCCAAAUCCUUCAGUGGGACCUGACGUGAAAUCAGAAUGCAGAAGAGAGGAGAAAGUGGGGACAGAAACAGAGUUCCAAGAGGACACGAUUGACAAUGCAGCUCAGGAAGUUAUAGAUGUCUGUUUUCCUGAUCCUAUUGAUGCUUGAUCCAAUGUGCUCUUUUUGUCUUCUCCAAGUCUGGGGAACUGGGGCUUCUUCAUUCCAAGCUUUCUCAGAAUAGUAUAACAUCCUUUAUAAAUUACUUGCCUGCUAAUAUCAUAAGCCUACAAGCCAUUUAAAAUCAGCCCCAAGUGUGUU